UUGUAUGUUUACCUACAUGCUACGUUGAACUGGAUUCACCGGUUUUACGCAUGUGCGGUUAAAUAUGUCAGAGCAUGUAACCUACUCAGCCUAUGGUUUAUAUAUGGUGGAGGGGCUUCAGUGGUUAAGUAAUGCCUCACGCGUUAUGUAACUCGCUUGGGAUGGUCGUCACAUUGCGCGUGCACAGUCAGUGGUCUCGCUUCUUGUCCAAUCGUGCGUGUUCUCAGUCAGCACUCAGCUCUCCUCCACCCGACAUCCACCCAGCAGCAGCAGAGCGCAGGCUGCCACCGCCGAGGAACGACCCUUUGUGCUUCACCGACUGACACAUAUCCUUCUGGGAGGAACCACAACAAGACAUCCGGGAAGAAACAGUACGUGAAGCACAAUGGGACCAUUCCAAGAGUAUGAGGAGAAGAAGUCACCAGAGAAAGGAAGCCCCCGCAGUCGCAUCCCACGUUUGGUCCUCCAUCCCUUCAGACCAAAGGACAAAGGCUCUCCUCUGUCCGAUUCACCUUUUUCAGAGGAGGAGGGAAAGGAGUGUGACAUGAGCUCAGACCACUCCAAAAGGACCAUCAGCACCAACAGCUUUUGCUCAGAUGACACCGGCUGCCCCACUAGUCAGUCUGUGUCCCCCUCCAAAACCCCGUCAGGCUCAGAGCAGAGUGACCGCAGCUCGCCCAAACUCCCCGAGCGCAAGACCAAAGUGAAGAGGGUGAGGAUGAUGGCCGAGUGGAGCGGAGAACCACGGAGCUCGCAGAGGCACAAGAGGGAGCUGAGGUCGGCCAUGAAAGCCAGAGCGUACAGACCUCUGCAUGCCAGUGAAUCCCUGAAAGACUAA